AUGAAGUUUUUAUAGGAGCAAAACAUAAUGGAUUUAAAUACCAUAUCUAAUCCACUACUAUUGAAUUAUUUAUAAAAGGGGAAGCCAACUUUAUAAGAAAUAAAUUCUUUACAAUAUUUAAGAAAAAUCCUUAAACUUCCUGAAACUAAUUCUGUUAAUUAAAAGAUUAAAGCACUAAGAAGUAGAGCGAAUGCAAAAAAAAUAAAAAAUCCUCAUUAAUCAUGGGAUCUUAUUCAUAUAUAAAAAGUAUAGUGUAAUUUAAUGUAGUUUAUAGAUGAUUUGUGUUCAUAGAAAAAUGAAAUACUAGCUUAUCGAAUUUAUAUUCUUUAUGAACUAGCUGCUAGAAUAUCAGAUCUUUCUUAAAUUAGGUAUGAUUAGCUGCUUGAAGGGAAAAUAAAUUAUAUACCUAAAAAAUAGGAAAAAAGUGGAGUCAAUGCUAUGCAAAAUUUUAUCAUUUGUGAUUCCGUCUAACAAUAAACUUAGAUUUUCAUUAAUAGAAAUAAUAUUAAUGAAGCAAGUACUCUUGAUAUUGGUUAUGAAAAUUUACCAAUAUAAUCAAAAUCAUUUCAAAAAUAAUUGAGAAAAGCUUGUUCAGAACUACUUAAUACAAGAAAUCACUAAUACCAUUAAGAUUAUUAAUAAUUUUUAUUAAAAAUUAACUAUCAUGAUCUUAGACAUUCAAAAUUAAGUGAAAUGCAUAAAUCUGGUAUUGAUUAAAAGGUCAUUUAAUAAUUUGUGAAACACUCUAAUUUAAAAGUAACAGCUUUAUAUUUGAAAAAUGUACAUCUUGAAUCUGUAAUUGAUUUAAAUCUUGGAUGCGUAAGGCAAGUUAAUCCUACAUAUAAAUCCAUGAUUUUGAAAUUGUUUUUUAUACGAUAAUAUUGA